CACCAUUCCCCUCUCCCUCUCCCCCUCCUCGCCGUCGCCUCCUCGUCGCCGUCACCGCCGCCGCCGCUGCGAUGGACUCAGUCGCGUCGUGGGGGCUCACCCCGCUGGCGGCGGCUGACCCGCUGGUGCACGACCUCCUCGAGCGGGAGAAGCGGCGGCAGCGGAGCGGCAUCGAGCUCAUCGCCUCCGAGAACUUCACCUCCUUCGCCGUCAUGGAGGCCCUCGGCUCCGCGCUCACCAACAAGUACUCCGAGGGGAUGCCCGGCGCGCGCUACUACGGCGGCAACGACGUCAUCGACGAGAUCGAGAACCUCUGCCGCGACCGCGCCCUCGCCGCCUUCCGCCUCGACCCGGCCUCCUGGGGCGUCAACGUCCAGCCGUACUCCGGCUCCCCGGCCAACUUCGCCGCCUACACCGCGCUCCUCAACCCGCACGACCGGAUCAUGGGCCUCGACCUCCCCUCCGGCGGCCACCUCACCCACGGCUACUACACCGCCGGCGGGAAGAAGAUCUCCGCCACCUCGAUCUACUUCGAGAGCCUGCCCUACAAGGUCAGCGCCACCACCGGCUACAUCGACUACGAGAAGCUGGAGGAGAAGGCGCUCGACUUCCGCCCCAAGCUCAUCAUCUGCGGCGGCAGCGCCUACCCGAGGGACUGGGACUACGCCAAGCUCAGGGCCGUCGCCGACAAGGUCGGAGCCCUUCUCCUCUGCGACAUGGCGCACAUCAGCGGCCUCGUCGCCGCGCAGGAAGCUGCAAAUCCUUUUGAGUACUGUGAUGUGGUCACCACCACUACACACAAGUCCCUCCGAGGACCAAGAGCUGGCAUGAUCUUCUACAGGAAGGGCCCUAAGCCUCCCAAGAAGGGCCAGCCUGAGGGUGCUGUCUAUGACUAUGAGGACAAGAUCAACUUUGCUGUGUUCCCAUCGCUACAAGGUGGCCCUCACAACCACCAGAUUGCUGCCCUUGCUGUUGCUCUGCAACAAACUAUGACACCUGGAUUCAAGGCCUAUGCAAAGCAGGUCAAGGCCAACGCUGUUGCCAUUGGAAAUUAUCUCAUGAGCAAGGGCUACAAAAUGGUGACUGAUGGAACUGAGAACCACCUUGUUCUCUGGGACCUUCGCCCUCUUGGCUUGACCGGUAACAAGGUUGAGAAGCUGUGUGACCUUUGCCACAUUACCCUCAACAAGAAUGCUGUCUUUGGUGACAGCAGUGCAUUGGCUCCUGGCGGCGUUCGCAUUGGUGCUCCUGCGAUGACCUCCAGGGGUCUUGUCGAGAAGGACUUUGAGCAGAUCGGCGAGUUCCUCCACCGGGCGGUGACCAUCUGCCUUAACAUCCAGAAGGAGCACGGCAAGCUCCUCAAGGACUUCUCCAAGGGCCUGGUGAACAACAAGGACAUCGAGAACCUCAAGGUGGAGGUUGAGAAGUUCGCCACCUCCUUCGACAUGCCCGGCUUCACCCUCGACAGCAUGAAGUACAAGGAGUAGCGAAUCGAAAAAAGAAAGAAAAAGAAACACGCACCAUGAAUCCUCCCUGCUAAUCGUCGACCAGCAGAGUGCCCCCUGUGAACCGCCGUCGUCAUCUUCUUCUUCCUCACCGCGCUGGUCGCCUGUGUUACGGAUUUUGUCUGGACAUCGAGAUGAUUAUCAUAGGUUUCAUAAACGCCUCCCAUGCUCUCUCUCUCUCUCUCUCUCUGUGUCUCCCACCCUCCUCAUCCUGCCUCUGGUUUGGUUGUCAGCCUCAUCCCAUCGGGUUUUCUUCUUCUUCUCUUGUUUCUAGGAGCUGUGCCUUUUGGGAUCAUGGAAUGCCAAGUAUUUGCCAAUAAUCAAUCCAUUUUGGUUUCUGCCUG